UGACAGUAGUGCAGUUGAGUGCAGUAGCAGCCGCGAGUAGCGUCGCGCUGACUGUACCUCACAGGAGUGUCUGCAAGGCGCGCAACACCCAUCACGACGCACCACUACAAUGCACUGGCUGAUAAUUACGCUAAAAAUAGCCAUCAUAAUAUUAUUAUUGAAACUACAAGGUGCACACCUCAUGAAACGAUAUGCGCCGAUGAAAUACCUAGAUUAUUCUGAACAGUAUCACAACUUUUAUUUCGACAGCGUGGUUCCCGUGUUGUUAAAUGAACCUAAUUGGAAAGGCAAUGGCCAAUGGAGGAUACCAAUCACAUUAGGCGUAAUGAUAACCUCUGAUCGAAUGCUCGUGCCGUACAACCCAUUUCGUUUGUUUAUCCAUAACAAAGCUAUGUUGGAUAAGAUUACUGCUAAUCCUUUAACUGGACGAGGAUUUAAAACUUAUUACUCGACCAAAUACAAGAUUGCCUGCGGACGUCAAAUCAUUCCUGAUAACGAAAAAAGGAUGCUCCAUUGUCACGGGAAGAACGGAUUCGACUGCCCAAUGCAUGACUUGAUGGUGCUCAGAAUAUAUGGAAAUAUAUCAUUCACUACGUGGCCAACUUUAACGUAUUCUCAAUAUCCCAACAAAAAAGAUAGUGAGCGAGUGCAACAUGGGAUUUAUCGCACUGAGAUAGCGAGACCUAACGACACUCUGAAUGACUAUUUCAAGUUUGCCUCUGUGGGGUUUAAAAACAAAGCACAUAUUAAGAGAUAUUAUUUUUUACAUCAAGUUGAGUAUAAACCUGAGGACUAUGCUUUGGUGGACUGUGAAACAUGGUUGCCCAGGGAUUGGGGACACUUCAUAUGCGUAUUGAAUUUAGGAGAUUAUCCGGCGCUGGGAUCAGGCGCUUGGUUAGUAUCUGAUAAUAAAGUCUUUGGAAUCGGCAGUUUUGCAUUUUUUAGAGGCAAGGAAGGCAUUUUUGUAUUCACAGACGUGAGACCGUAUUAUAACCUCAUUAUGAAUACCUGCACAUAUGAAGAUUCACGACAAACACCUCCAGUGACAUUUGAUGAUGACUACCGCCGCCAAAAUUCGAUACUAAAUGACGAGUUGGAAAUACCGUAACACAAACAAAAAGACACAUGGAUACAUACUAAAUAAGACAUUACGUAUACAGCAAUGGUCAUCAGAUUAUCUAAUGGCCAAAUGUGAUUAUUAUCUUUAUAUAAAAAAAUGCCACUUUGCGUUGUAAUUUAAUAUUUUUUUUAAAUUAAGUAGUUGGGUUAUGUGAAGUUUGCACAAAAUCGGUCAGUUAGUUCUUAAUUUUUCACAUUUUUUGUAACAAAAUGGUGGAUUUUUUACGUAGCGAAGUACGUAUCGUAGUUAUUUAUGGAUAAUAAUAUCCACAAAAAUUUUAAUGGAAUCAUAUAUGUAGGGGUAGUAUGUAAAUAAUUUGUUAUCAUUGGUAUUUUUUUCAUUAAAUGCAUUUUAAUAAAAGACUUUUAUGACGAAUCUCUACAAGACUAAUUCUCACUUGUAUUUUUCUUAUUAAACAGGCAAUGUAGUGGUAGUCAAAAUCCGCCAGUUUAAAAGCUCUCUAACAUGGUCCAAUCCCCUGUGUCAAUGACACAUUCAUUAGGUUAAUCUGUUGCGUGCUUGCUUCACACAUUCGCACAAGCACUCGUUCAUUCCACUCUCUCACUUCAAAUUCUAUCUUGCUAAUCACACGCUGUACGAUAUUAUAUUAUAUUGUAAUUUCCAUAAAACGCCCUAGUAAAUAUUGUAGCAA